CUCCAGCCGAGCACCAUUCAUCGAUCAACGAUCAACGACUCGAUCCUCCCUCCUCUCCUCUCACCAGCCACAACGCAUCCACUUCACCUCCAACCACUCCCUCACUGUCUGCUUGUUGUCCCUCGACGUUGCUUUGUCCAGCUCAACGCUGCUUAUUUGAUAAACUAGACACUCUACACUCCCAUCGUCGCCACUCGUCAUGCUGUCACGGGCGCGAAUCAGGCUGCGGCUCUCGCCCAAGCUUGCCGCGCGACUCAACUCCACCGUCGCGCCCACCAGGUCGCCAAAGGACCUCUUCAAUCAUCUAUCUCAAUACGUGAUCGGUCAGGAUGCGGCGAAGAAGGUCUUGUCGGUGGCUGUGUUCAACCACUACCGCCGCAUCGAGCCACGCAUCAACCCCGCUCCCGAGCCCAUGGCUGCCAUGAUGCCCACAUCUCCGGCCUUUGACAGCAAGGACGCCGUACAUGUGCCGUCGUCGUUUGACGCCGACUUUGAGAAGACGAACGGCAUCCCAGACGCGACGUUGGUGGCGGACUCGUCAGACCCCACCCUCACGCAUAGCAUCGCUGAGGAGAAGUGGAGCACAAGGGGGAGCGGGUAUUUCUCGUCACGCCGACCCCCUCCUACGCUCCUCGCGCGGGUGGGCCGUCGGACGCGGGAGGAAGGUGCCGCUACUGUGACCGAAGACUCAAAGGCAGAGGAGCGCUCGCGAAAGCGCAAGGUCGACGAAGAGCGACGCGAGGCCAAACGGGUUGAGGAGGAAGCUCGGGCGCGUCGCGCUGAGGAGCUUAACGAAGCCAUGGGUCAAAGGCCCCUCCCGGAAGACAUCGAUGUCACCGUCGAGAAGAGCAACGUUCUUGUCGUCGGCCCGACGGGUACCGGCAAGACAUUGAUGGCAAAGACCCUUGCACGGGCCCUUGAUGUGCCGUUCGUUUCGUGCGACGCGACAACUUACACGCAAGCAGGAUACGUCGGCGAGGACGUGGAGAGCUGCAUCCUUCGACUUCUACAGGCAGCGGACUAUGAUGUUGGGCGGGCUGAGGUUGGCAUCGUGCACAUCGACGAGGUGGACAAGCUCGCUCGCCGGGGUGGCAACGAGCUCGGCACGUGGGGUGGUGGCCGCGAUGUCGGCGGCGAGGGUGUUCAGCAAGCUCUGCUACGCAUCCUCGAGGGCACGACAGUGACUCUAUCGGCGAAGGCUGCGCCCAUUGGGUCGAACCCGCCUUCUCCCAGCGCCCACACGAAUUCGCUAGGACCUAGCAGCCCGCCCAAGUCGGAAUCGACUUUCCCAGAGGCGCCAGAGUGGAAUCCCAACAACCCGAUGAACCGAACUUUCGGCAACGCGCCCGGCAAGAAGGGCGUGCGGGAAGGUCUGCCGGGCUUCAGUGGCGGCGGCAGCAGCCCGCCCAACAAGGGAGACACCUAUGUCGUCGACACAAGCAACAUCCUGUUCAUCCUUUCCGGCGCAUUCGUGGGACUGGACCCCAUUAUCCAGCGCAGGCUAGGCAAGGGGUCGAUAGGCUUUGGCGCCCCACUCUCGAGCCCCGUCGUCACUGGUACGCUCAAGCCGACCAUGGCCGACCUGAAGGACUAUGGUCUUAUUCCCGAGUUCCUGGGGCGUUUGCCCAUCGUGUCCUCUCUCCACCCGUUGGCAGUGGACGACCUGGUCCGCAUCUUGACAGAGCCGCGCAACGCCCUUAUCAAGCAGUACAAGGCACUCUUCCACCGCUACGGGUCUGAGCUGGUGUUUACCCGUCGUGCGCUGCAGGCGAUUGCGCAGGAGGGUCUGGACAGAGGGGGUGGCGCGCGCGGACUGCGCGGUGUCCUCGAGGAAGUUCUUGUGGACGCCAUGUUUGAGGUGCCUGGAUCAAGCGUGCGGUACUGUCUUAUUACGCAGGCGGCGGUGCAGCGGCGUGAGCCAGCCAUGUACUUUUCGCGGGGGAACCGGCACGCAAUGAUGGGUGUGAUUGAGGAGGAAGACGACCUGCGUCGGCGGCCAUCGCGGCCACAGAUCUUUGUAGAGGAGGAUCGGUUGCAGGCUGUUGGGUAAGGGAGUAGUAUCAUGUUGUAUCGUUGUCAAGAAAUGCAUGCAUCAAGCACAGUGCCAAGG